UGUCCCGUGUUUCGUUACUUUCGAUGACUUGUGGGACUUAAAGCGCUUUACUGGAACUUUAAUGUGAUACAAUCCCACAAAAAGUUGACUUUGGAUUAAAAUUCAACGACUAAAUUUAUAUUUCUGGAUUUUUAUACAAUUAACGGGCUGGUAAUGAGGAUCUUCGCCAUGGCGGCGAGCCGUCAAAUUAUGGCACAGUUCCUUCUACUGCUCUUGGCAAUAACCACAGCCGCUUCCUCAACUUCAACCACAGACGCUUCAACGACAACCACAGACGCUUCAAAUACCACAGACGCUUCAACAACUACCACAGAUGCUGCAACAACAUCAACAGAUGCUGCCACAACUACCACAGAUGCUGCCACAACUACCACAGAUGCUGCCACAACUACCACAGACGCUGCAACAACAACAACAGGCGCAGCCACAACAACCACAGAUGCUGCAACAACUACCACAGACGCUGCAACAACUACCACAGAUGCUGCAACAGCAACCACAGCCGCUGCAACAACAACAACAGACGCUGCAACAACAACAACAGGCGCAGCCACAACAACCACAGAUGCUGCUACAACAACCACAGAUGCUGCUACAACUACCACAGACGCUGCCACAACUACAACAGACGCUGCGACAACAACAACAGGCGCAGCCACAACAACCACAUAUGCUGCAACAACAACCACAGAUGCUGCUACAAAUACCACAGAUGCUGCUACAACUACCACAGACGUUGCCACAACUACAACAGACGCAGCCACAACAACCACAUAUGCUGCAACAACAACCACAGAUGCUGCAACAACUACCACAGAUGCUGCAACAACAACCACCGAUGCUGCCACAACAACCACAGACGCCGCUGCAACAACUACCACAUAUGCUGCAACAACAACCACAGAUGCUGCAACAACAACCACAGACGCUGCAACAACAACCACAGACGCUGCAACAACUACCACAGACGCUGCAACAACUACCACAGACGCUGCAACAACUACCACAGAUGCUGCAACAACAACCACAGCUGCUGCAACAAAUACCACAGAUGCUGCAACAACAACCACAGACGCUGCAACAACUACCACAGAUGCUGCAACAACUACCACAGAUGCUGCAACAACAACCACCGAUGCUGCCACAACAACCACAGACGCCGCUGCAACAACUACCACAUAUGCUGCAACAACAACCACAGAUGCUGCAACAACAACCACAGACGCUGCAACAACAACCACAGACGCUGCAACAACUACCACAGACGCUGCAACAACUACCACAGACGCUGCAACAACUACCACAGAUGCUGCAACAACAACCACAGCUGCUGCAACAACUACCACAGAUGCUGCAACAACAACCACAGACGCUGCAACAACUACCACAGAUGCUGCAACAACUACCACAGAUGCUGCAACAACAACCACAGAUGCUGCAACAACUACCACAGAUGCUGCAACAACAACCACAGAUGCCGCAACAACUACCACAGAUGCUGCAACAACUACCACAGAUGCUGCAACAACUACCACAGACGCUGCAACAACUACAACAGGCGCUGCAACAACUACCACAGAUGCUGCAACAACAACCACAGCUGCUGCAACAACUACAACAGAUGCUGCAACAACUACCACAGACGCUGCAACAACUACCACAGACGCUGCAACAACUACCACAGAUGCUGCAACAACUACCACAGAUGCUGGAACAACUACCACAGACGCUGCAACAACUACCACAGAUGCUGCAACAACAACCACAGCUGCUGCAACAAAUACCACAGAUGCUGCAACAACUACCACAGAUGCCGCAACAACUACCACAGACGCUGCAACAACUACCACAGAUGCCGCAACAACAACCACAGAUGCUGCAACAACUACCACAGAUGCUGCAACAACAACCACAGAUGCUGCCACAACUACCACAGACGCUGCAACAACAACCACAGACGCUGCCACAACUACCACAGAUGCUGCAACAACUACCACAGAUGCUGCAACAACUACCACAGAUGCUGCAACAACAACCACAGAUGCUGCAACAACCACAGCUGCUGUAACAACUACCACAGAUGCUGCAACAACAACCACAGAUGCUGCAACAACAUCUUCUACUCAACAAGCUUCAACUACAACCGCUGACACAACAACUACAGACGCUGCCACAACAACCACAGACGCUGCCACAACAACCACAGAUGCUGCCACAACAACCACAGAUACUGCCACAACAACCACUGCUUCAGCAACGACAACCACAGACGCUGUAACCACAACUACUGAGGCAGCAACAACAACAACAACUGAGGCCGCAACAACAACUACUGAGGCAGCAACAACAACUACUGAGGCUGCAACGACAACUACUGAAGCAGCAACAACAACCACAGACGCUUUGACCACAACUACUGAGGCCGCAACAACAACAACUGAGGCCGCAACAACAACUUCUGAGGCACCGACAACAACAACUACUGAGGCCGCAACAACAACUACUGAGGCCGCAACAACAACAACUGAGGCCGCAACAACAACUUCUGAGGCACCGACAACAACAACUACUGAGGCCGCAACAACAACAACUGAGGCCGCAACAACAACUUCUGAGGCACCGACAACAACAACUACUGAGGCCGCAACAACAACUACUGAAGCAGCAACAACAACCACAGAUGCUGUAACAACAACUACUGAGGCCGCAACAACAACUACCGAGACACCAACAACAACUACUGAGGCCGCAACAACAACUACCGAGACACCAACAACAACUACUGAGGCCGCAACAACAACUACCGAGACACCAACAACAACUACUGAGGCCGCAACAACAACUACCGAGACACCAACAACAACUACUGAGGCUGCAACAACAACUACUGAGGCUGCAACAACAACUACCGAGGCUGCAACAACAACUACCGAGGCUGCAACAACAACCACAGAGGCUGUGACAACAACUACUGAAGCAGCAACAACAACCACAGACGCUGAAACCACAACUACUGAGGCAGCAACGACAACCACAGACGCUGUGACAACAACUACUACUGAAGCAGCAACAACAACUACUGAAGCAGCAACAACAACCACCGAGGCUGUAACCACAACUACUGAGGCUGUAACCACAACUACUGAGGCACCAACAACAACAACUGAGGCACAAACAACAACUACUGAAGCAGCAACAACAACCACAGAAGCUGUGACCACAACUACUGAGGCACCCACAACAACUACUGAAGCAGCAACAACAACUACUGAGGCACCAACAACAACCACAGAAGCUGUGACCACAACUACUGAGGCACCCACAACAACUACUCAAGCAGCAACGACAACCACAGAAGCUGUAACCACAACUACUGAAGCAGCAACAACAACCACAGAGGCUGUUACCACAACUACUGAGGCCGCAACAACAACCACAGAAGCUGUGACCACAACUACUGAGGCACCAACAACAACUACUGAGGCACCAACAACAACUACUGAAGUAGCAACAACAACCACAGAAGCUGUGACCACAACUACUGAGGCACCCACAACAACUACUGAAGCACCAACGACAACCACAGAAGCUGUGACCACAACUACUGAAGCAGCAACAACAACCACUGAGUCAGUAACCACAACUACUGAAGCACCAACAACCACUACGGAGGCCGCAACAACAACUACGGAGGCACCAACAACAACUACUGAAGCAGCAACGACAACCACAGAGGCUGUAACCACAACUACUGAGGCACCAACAACAACUACUGAGGCACCAACAACAACCACAGAAGCCGUGACCACAACUACUGAGGCACCAACAACAACUACUGAGGCACCAACGACAACCACAGAAGCUGUAACCACAACUACUGAAGCAGCAACCACAACUACUGAGGCACCAACAACAACCACAGAAGCUGUGACCACAACUACUGAAGCACCAACAACAACUACUGAGGCACCAACAACAACUACUGAAGCUGUGACCACAACUACUGAGGCACCAACAACAACUACUGAGGCUGUGACCACAACUACUGAGGCACCAACAACAACAACCACAGAAGCCGUGACCACAACUACUGAGGCACCAACAACAACUACUGAGGCACCAACAACAACUACUGAGGCACCAACAACAACCACAGAAGCCGUGACCACAACUACUGAGGCACCAACAACAACUACUGAGGCACCAACGACAACCACAGAGGCUGUAACCACAACUACUGAAGCAGCAACCACAACUACUCAGGCACCAACAACAACCACAGAAGCUGUAACCACAACUACUCAGGCACCAACCACAACUACUGAAGCAGCAACCACAACUACUGAGGCACCAACAACAACCACAGAAGCUGUGACCACAACUACUGAAGCACCAACAACAACUACUGAGGCACCAACAACAACUACUGAGGCUGUGACCACAACUACUGAGGCACCAACAACAACCACAGAAGCCGUGACCACAACUACUGAAGCACCAACAACAACUACUGAGGCACCAACAACAACUACUGAGGCCGUGACCACAACUACUGAGGCACCAACAACAACUACUGAGGCUGUGACCACAACUACUGAGGCACCAACAACAACAACCACAGAAGCCGUGACCACAACUACUGAGGCACCAACAACAACUACUGAGGCACCAACGACAACCACAGAGGCUGUAACCACAACUACUGAAGCAGCAACCACAACUACUCAGGCACCAACAACAACCACAGAAGCUGUAACCACAACUACUGAAGCAGCAACUACAACAACUGAACCAACAACUACUACUGUGUCCGCUACAACUACGGAGCCAACCACUACAACUGAACCGACCACUACAACUGAACCGACCACUACUACUGAACCAACAACUACUACUGAGCCGACCACAACUACUGAACCUACCACUACUACUGAACCUACCACUACCACAGAACCAGCAACAACGACGGCGGCACAGACAACAACAGCUGAAGCCACAACAACUGCUGAAACCACAACUGCGGUACCGACAACAACAUCUGAAGUCACAACAACGGUGGCACCGACAACAACUACUCAAACAGAAACGACCACCACGACUAUGGCCUCAACAACAACAGCUGAGGCCACAACAACCGCCGCUUCGACGACAACCGCUGAGGUCACAACAACCGCUGUACCGACAACAACCGCUGUACCGACAACAACCGCUGUACCGACAACAACUACUGAGGCCACAACAACCGCUGAGGCGACAACAACCGCUGUACCGACGACAACCGCUGAGGCGACAACAACCGCUGCACCGACAACAACAACUGAAGCCACAACGACCGCUGCACCGACAACAACAACUGAAGCCACAACGACCGGUGUGCCGACAACAACAACUGAAGCCACAACGACCGGUUUGCCGACAACAACAUCUCAAGCUACAACAUCAACUGACGCUGUAACCACAACAACUGCCGAGACCACAACAACUACAGACGUUGUAAGUACAACCGCUGAAGCCACAACAACCGCUGCGUCGACAACAACUGCUGAGGUAACUACAACCCCUGCGCUGACAACUACUGAAGCUACAACAACCGCUGCGUCGACAACAACUGCUCAAACAGAAACAACAACCACAACUGCUGAAGUCACAACAACUUCGACACCAACAACAACCGUUGCGCCAACAACAACUGCUGAAGUCACAACAUCAACAGAUGCUGUAACCACAACAACCGCAGCCCCAACAACAACUGUCGAGGCCACAACCACAGAUGCUGUAACCACAACAAGCGCAGCCCCAACAACAACUGUCGAGGUCACAACCACAGAUGCUGUAACCACAACAACCGCAGCCGCAACAACAACUGUCGAUGCCACAACCACAGAUGCUGUAACCACAACAACCGCAGCCCCAACAACAACUGUCGAGGCCACAACCACAGACGCUGUAACCACAACAACCGUAUCCCCAACAACAACUGUCGAGGUCACAACUACAGACGCUGUAACCACAACAACCGCAGCCGCAACAACAACUGUCGAGGCCACAACCACAGAUGCUGUAACCACAACAACCGCAGCCCCAACAACAACUGUCGAGGCCACAACCACAGACGCUGUAACCACAACAACCGUAUCCCCAACAACAACUGUCGAGGUCACAACUACAGACGCUGUAACCACAACAACCGCAGCCGCAACAACAACUGUCGAUGCCACAACCACAGAUGCUGUAACCACAACAACCGCAGCCCCAACAACAACUGUCGAGGCCACAACCACAGACGCUGUAACCACAACAACCGUAUCCCCAACAACAACUGUCGAGGUCACAACUACAGACGCUGUAACCACAACAACCGCAGCCGCAACAACAACUGUCGAGGCCACAACCACAGACGCUGUAACCACAACAACUGCGGCUCCGACAACUACUGAUAAUGCUACAACAACUGUGGCACUGACAACUACUGUUAAUGCUACAACAACUGCGGCACCGACAACAACUGCUGAUGCUACAACAACUGCGGCACCGACAACAACUGCUGAUGCUACAACAACUGCGGCACCGACAACAACUGCUCAAACAGAAAUAACGACAACUGCUGAAGCUGCAACAACUGCAGCAUCAACAACUGUCGAAGCCACAACAGCCACGGUAUUGACAACAACUGUCUUAGCCACAACAACCGCAGCAUCAACAACCACUGUUGAAUCCACAACAACCGUUACGCCAACAACAACUGUUGAGGUGACAACAUCAGCAGAUGCUGUAAACACAACAACCGCAGCGUUGACAACAACUGCUAAUGUCACAACAACUGCUGAUUCUACAACAACAGCAGCACCAACAACAACUACUGAUGCUACAACAACAUCGGUACCGACAACAACUGCUGAUUCUACAACAACAGCGGUACCAACAACAACUGCUAAUGCCACAACAACUACUGAUGCUACAACAACAGCAGCACCGACAACAACUACUGAUGCUACAACAACAGCAACACCGACAACAACUACUUAUGCUACAACAACAACAGCAGCACCAACAACAACUACUGAUGCUACAACAACAGCGGCACCGACAACAACUGCUAAUGCCACAACAACAGCUGUACCGACAACUACUGCUCAAACAGAAUCGACAACAGCUGCUCCAACAACUACGACUGUUAUAGAUACGAGGUCUACUGCAGAAACAACCACUGCUGCAGAUACCACGACAGUUGGUGAAACUACAACACGUACUGAAGCAAAUACAACAAGCGCAGGUACCACAACACCUAGUGUAACUACUACUGUCGCAGGUACCACAACAUCUGGUGUAACUACUACUGCCGCAGGUACCACAACAUCUGGUGUAACAACUACUGCCGCAGGUACCACAACCUCUGGUGUAACUACUACUGUCGCAGGUACCACAACCUCUGGUGUAACUACUACUGCCGCAGGUACCACGACAUCCGGUGUAACUACUACUGCUGCAGGUACCACAACCUCUGAUAUAACUACUACUGCCGCAGGUACCACAACAUCUGAUGUAACUACUACUGCCGGAGGUACCACAACAGCCGGAGUAACGACAACUGCUGCAGAUACUACAACUGUUACAGAGACAUCCACAACUGCCGCAACUACCACAACAGCUGAAGCUACUACAACGGUCGCACCUACCACAACUACCACAACAGCUGAAGCUACUACAACGGUCGCACCUACCACAACUACCACAACAGUUGAAGCUACUACAACGGUCGCGCCUACCACAACUACCACAACACCUGAAGCUACUACAACGGUCGCGCCUACCACAACUACCACAACACCUGAAGCUACUACAACGGUCGCGCCUACCACAACUACCACAACACCUGAAGCUACUACAACGGUCGCGCCUACCACAACUACCACAACAGCUGAAGCUACUACAACGGUCGCGCCUACCACAACUACCACAACACCUGAAGCUACUACAACGGUCGCGCCUACCACAACUACCACAACACCUGAAGCUACUACAACGGUCGCGCCUACCACAACUACCACAACACCUGAAGCUACUACAACGGUCACGCCUACCACAACUACCACAACACCUGAAGCUACUACAACGGUCACGCCUACCACAACUACCACAACACCUGAAGCUACUACAACGGUCGCGCCUACCACAACUACCACAACACCUGAAGCUACUACAACGGUCGCGCCUACCACAACUACCACAACACCUGAAGCUACUACAACGGUCGCACCUACCACAACUACCACAACACCUGAAGCUACUACAACGGUCGCGCCUACCACAACUACCACAACACCUGAAGCUACUACAACGGUCGCGCCUACCACAACUACCACAACACCUGAAGCUACUACAACGGUCGCGCCUACCACAACUACCACAACACCUGAAGCUACUACAACGGUCGCGCCUACCACAACUACCACAACACCUGAAGCUACUACAACGGUCACGCCUACCACAACUACCACAACACCUGAAGCUACUACAACAGUCACGCCUACCACAACUACCACAACACCUGAAGCUACUACAACGGUCACGCCUACCACAACUACCACAACACCUGAAGCUACUACAACGGUCACGCCUACCACAACUACCACAACACCUGAAGCUACUACAACGGUCACGCCUACCACAACUACCACAACUCCCACAACAACCACAACGCCAUCUACUACGACAACAACACCAACUACUACGACAACAACACCAACUACUACGACGACAACACCAACUACUACGACAACACCAACUACUACGACAACAACCCUAACUACCACGACAACUACCCCAACAACAACUGCGCCAGGUCUUAGGCUAGCUCUCAUCGAUUCCAGCUCGGGCAGUAUUCUCCAUGCAGAAGGCAACUCGGAUGUUAUAAAUUGUUUUUUUGGAGUACCAAUUUUCAACGGCCAGACACGAAAGAAACUAUAUGUUAACAAGAACGGCCUUAUCUCGUUUAGGCAAAAACUGAGUGUUUAUGGUACGGUGCUGUCCAAUAUUUUUGACAAUAGUGAUGCGGACUUUGUGGUAGGCCUGGGUCUGGAAUUUGAAUACACGAGUGUCCGAUAUAAUGUGUAUGACAUCACCGAGGCUGGAUCCGAGACUGUGCUAGAUUCAAUUAGCAACACAUUACACGAGACUAAUUCGGAAGCAAAUGUAUUUCAGUUUCAGGCUUUAUGGGCUCUUGUCGUAACAUAUUUUGAAUCACCCCUGGAAGCUGAUUCCACGCAAUGGGCCACCUUUCAAAUGAUCAUAGCAACUGAUGGUUCAACGUCGUACACCAUAACAAACUAUUACUAUAUCAAUAUCGCACCAAGUAUUGGAACAACAAGAGCUCCAGUUGGAAUAAAAUUGAAUUUUUUUAUCCUUAAGUUGAUUGCUUCUAACACACAGCAAGCUCUUGGUCUGGAUAACAUAGUUCAAGGAGACUCGCGUUACCGGGGAGUUUUCGUUGAGAGAAUCAGUGACAGCACUGUUAACGCUCCUGUUCCGUUAAGUACAGUGUGUGCACGUUGGGUAUCAACGCAACCUAGUCAAAGUUUUAUACAAGGUUCACUUCUAUUCAGAUGUCCAUGUACAGAAUUUAUAGCACGACGUAUAUUUCGCCGAGGAAGGAUCUUUCGAAUUUCGACAUUCCGGCGAAGAUGUUAUGUCCGGACACAUGGGUUCCCUAAUGGACUUGCAUGCUGUUACAGAAGAGGCUUUAUCGAGGACGGUUAUGCAGCCGGAAUGUAUAUGCCAAACUAUUUCGAUAGAUCUUUAUUCUAUCAAAGGUUUGAGACUGUAAUCUACAAUGACAUAUGCUGUGUUUCUGGUUUGUGCAAUUAUUACCGUACUGUUCGACCGACUAGCAGAUUUUGUUUACCAAUCUGGUUGAUAAUACUGGCACUCGCGAAUGGUGAUCCUCACAUCAAGACGCUUGACGGGAAUGACUACACGUUCAACGGACUCGGUGAAUACUUAUUGAUGCGUGUCGACAAUGGUGAAUCUGAUCCAAACCACCACUCUUUCGAGCUUCAAGCGCGCACAAGUCUUGCCCUAGAUAAAAACAACAAAACAAUCAAUGCAACUGUCUUUACUGCCUUUGUUGCCAAGGACAAUUACAACAAUACCAUGCAAGUGGAGCUGAACGUUCAGGGGACAAAUGAUAGAUUGCUUAUUUUCAAGAAUGGCUUGGACAUUACACUUAGUUUUGAAGCUGAUUUGGAAUAUGAUUCAUCCGAUACAGAUCCCGACUCCAGCUUAACAUUUACUCGAGAAAACAAUACACUUGUUAUUCUUACUUUGUCAGAUAUCCGUAUAUCAAUCACUCCAAGCCAAGGACUUUUGUCUGUCGGAUUUCAAAUGCCUGAUGAAUUAAAAAACAAAGGUAUGGUAGGACUUCUUGGAAAUUUCAAUGGAGAUCCAAAUGACGAUUUCAUCGCACCUAACGGUACUAUCCUUUCACCAAACUCAACUGAAAAGGAACUAUUCUAUGGAUUUGGACAACUUUGGCAUAUCAAUGCGUCGGACUCCCUUUUCACUUACUUCGGCGGUAAAACAGCAGAUGACUACUACUUCCCCGAUUUUGUUCCGAUCUUCAUCGACAGCUUCAACACUUCAACUUAUGAAGCAGCAAAGACGAAAUGUGGCGGGGAGUCGGCUGUGAAGUCUUGCAUCUACGAUUUCCUAAGUACGGGAAACCAAGAACUGGCCCUAGAAACUGCUGCUGGAGAUGCACAAAUCAAUGCUGAGAGACUGGAAGCUGCAAACGUCCCUCCAACCCUUUCAGGGAACUUGAGUGUUAUAGCCACUGUUGGCCAACCUGUUCAACUCAACUAUAUUGCUAACGAUACAGGACUAGUCAACGUAUCCCUUUCGCAAUUUCCAUCUUCGGGACUAAAUUUAAACGCUUCUGAUUCAUCACUGACUCUUGAAUGGACACCGCAGGAUACUAAUGUGCAAAAUAUAAGAGUAGUGGCGGUGGACGAACUCGAUACAAAUGCGCCACCUAUUGACGUCACGAUUUUCCUGUGUACCGCAUGCUCGGACCAGGGGACAUGUGGGACCAAAGUUCGAGUGAACCAAAAUGUCACGGAAAACUUCAAUGUUCUGGAAUGUGAAUGCAAUACUGGAUGGUCAGGUGAUGAAUGUGAAAUCGACACCGAUGCCUGCCUAGAAUCACCUUGUGUAAUUGGCCAAAACUGCACCGAUUUAACACCAGCAGCAGAGGUAUCUUUAAAUAAGGCCUAUAAUUGCACAGAAUGUCCUGCAGGAUUCAGCGAGGUCAAUGGCAAAUGUAAAGAUAAUGAUGAAUGUGCGAUUGCCUCGGAUAACAGUUGCAAUCAAAACUGCACAAACACACUCGGGAGCUACUCGUGUUUCUGUCAAAAUGGCUUCCGACUCAAAGAUGCCUUCACAUGUAUAGAUAUUGAUGAAUGCUUAGAAGAAACUGAUGGCUGCGAACAAAACUGCAACAAUUUCGAUGGCGGGUUUUCGUGUUCCUGCAUUUAUGGAUAUAACCUGACUUCCAACGGGAAAACGUGUAACCAAGUACUUGAUGUGUGUCAAUUAGCUAAUAAGACAUGUGAAUAUGCCUGCUUUAACAGUUCAGGGUCAGUUGAAUGUAUUUGUCAAGGCGGAUACAAACUUAAGGCGGAUCAAGAGAAAUGUGAAGACAUUGAUGAAUGCCAGGGGAAUAUUUGUGGCCACAACUGUUCCAAUUCCAUUGGCAGCUACGAAUGUUCAUGCUACGAUGGUUACUCAUUGGCCGCGGACCAAGUCAGUUGCAACGCAUGCCCAUCCCAAACCUGGGGCCCUAAUUGUGCCAAUCAAUGUAAUUGUGACGUAAAGGGUUCUGUGGACUGUAAUCCAACCUCGGGCUGUGUGUGUCGAACUGGAUAUGAGGGUGCAACAUGUGGCACAGAUAUCAAUGAGUGCAUAGUGACUCCAGGUAUCUGUGGAACUGAGAAGCUUUGUAGAAAUUUCCCAGGAACCUACGAAUGUUACUGCCGAGAUGGCUUCAAAGUCGAAAAUAAUACGUGCGUUGAUAUCCUGGAGUGUGCUGAAGUGCAAUUGAAUAAUUGCUCCACCACGACUUCGACAUGCGUGGAAACAUCUGGUGGAUAUACGUGUGCAUGUAAAUCAGGAUACAAGCAGGGAACAGCAUUUACUUGUUUAGACAUCAACGAGUGUGAAAGCCUCGCCGACGCUUGUUCCCAAGACUGUGUCAAUCAGGAGGGCAGCUACAAUUGCAUUUGUAAAACAGGAUUUAUAUUGGCUGAUGACCGGAGAACAUGUGUAAAACAGCUCGACCCGUGUGCGAGCUUUACGAGUGUAAACUGUUCCUAUGCAUGUGAGGUGAUCAAUCAACAGGCUGUGUGUUACUGUGAAAGUGGAAGUGAGCUGGCUCCUGAUGGAAAAACAUGCAACGACAUUGAUGAGUGUAGCAAUUCCACAUUGAACCUGUGUUCUGUGAAGGAAAGAUGCCAAAACACUGUCCCGGGUUUUACAUGCUCGUGCGAUGACGGUUUUGAGUUAUCGAACGAUCUACGAACAUGUACAGAGUGCGAUGAGUUCCAUUGGGGGCCUGGUUGCUCCAACAAUUGUGACUGUGGCCUUGGUGUAGAAACGUGUGACAAGACUGACGGAUGCAAGUGCAAGAAAGGCUGGGUUGGCGACAAGUGUGAUGGCGACGUCAACGAAUGUAUCACAGAAACGCCCUGUGUUGGCGACAAUAUAGACUGUAUAAACUCUCCUGGUUCAUAUCGCUGUCAGUGCAAAACUGGAUUUGUCAACACUACGGGGACUUGUCAAAAUAUCGAUGAGUGUACAGCAGGUACUAGCGGUUGUUCUCAGUUGUGUGAUGAUACACAAGGAAGCUACGUAUGUAGCUGUAAUCCUGGCUUCAUACUCCAACCUGAUGGCAAAAGCUGUGAAGACAUCAAUGAAUGUAAUACUGGGAAGUCGGAAUGUGAUCAAAGUUGUCUCAAUACCAUAGGCAGCUACAUAUGUGGCUGUGAAGCUGGCUACAACCUCGAUCCUAUCAACAGGCAAACUUGUACUCCCAGAGAAAAUUGUACUGCAAACGCAACGUGUACUCAAAUAUGUGCCGUAGUUAAUUUUACUGAUGUCUGCUCCUGUGAAAGUGGCUACGAACUACAAGAUGGAUUCAACUGUACAAAUAUUGACGAAUGUAUUCAAAACCCGUGUGAUCAGAUUUGUGUUGACGAAACACCUGGCUACACCUGCUCUUGUAACAAUGGUUACAAACUCGAGACUGACGCUGUGUCAUGCACAGAAUGUACCGAAGGAACAUAUGGCACUAACUGUGCACAACAGUGUGAAUGCAUUACAACUGAUGGCAACACCCAAAGCUGUAACAAGGUCAAUGGUUCGUGCACGUGCAACAGUGGCUGGGAAGGCUCAAACUGCAGUUCAAACAUUAACGAAUGCACAGACACAACAAUCUGUCCUACUUUCUCCGACUGCCAAGACACAAAUGGAAGUUAUGUGUGCAAUUGUCAAGCUGGUUACGUCCUGGACGCGUCAGACACUUGUCUUGUUUGUACUAGUCAGUCAUUUGGAACCAACUGUCAAAGUCCGUGCACAUGUGAGUUUGCGAACACCAUAUCAUGUAAUCACGUCAACGGAACAUGCACAUGUCAACCUGGCUGGGAAGGAUCCAAAUGUGAUCAGGACAUCAACGAAUGCUCAGUGGACCCAACUAUCUGUGGUGACAAUGCAAACUGCACAGACACAGCGGGGUCCUACACGUGUGUUUGCAAUAACGGUUAUGCCAAGGAUAGCAGUGGCGCAUGUCAAAAUAUACACGAAUGCGACAGAGGUGAAGAUAAUUGUAUAGCAACAGCAGACUGUGUAGACACCGAUGGAAGUUUCAACUGUACAUGUAAGACUGGUUACUCUGGAGAUGGAUCAACGUGCACCGCUUGCUCUGAUUUCAACUAUGGAGCGCAGUGUGGUGACAGCUGUACCUGUAAUCAAACUAACUCGUUUGGCUGUGACACAGUUACCGGUGCAUGUAACUGUACUACAGCAUGGACUGGAGCGGAUUGUACAGUUGACAUAAACGAAUGUAAUAGCACAACGUAUCCACAUAACUGUGCGUCGGAAGCCGAUUGUCUUAACACCGAUGGAUCCUUCACGUGCAAGUGCAAAGCUGGAUAUAGCGGAGAUGGCCUAACCUGUACUGCUUGUAGUGGAUUUAUGUUCGGCGUUGGCUGUGAGAAUAGCUGUGACUGUAACACCACGAAUGCAAUCGAUUGUGAUGCUGUAUCUGGUGUGUGUAACUGUAGUACAGGAUGGAACGGCACUCGGUGUACAACUGACAUCAAUGAAUGCGCCAAUGAUACAAAUCUAUGUAUCGCUGAAGCUGACUGUCAGAACACUGAUGGUUCCUACAUGUGUACAUGCAAAACGGGCUACUUCGGAGAUGGUUUGACCUGUAACGCAUGUCCUGCUUUCAAGCACGGUACAAACUGUUCAUCAGAUUGUGCAUGUGACCAGACUAACACAGUUUCGUGUGAUCGUUUGACGGGCGCAUGCACGUGUAAUGCUGGAUGGACUGGCAACACGUGUACCACAGAUGUAAAUGAGUGCACGAGCACGCCAGUACAACAUAAUUGUUCCUCGAUUACGUCUAUCUGUCAAAAUACGGACGGUUCAUUCAUUUGUGACUGUAAGAAUGGCUACUAUACAACUGACGGAUAUGUUUGUCAAGCAUGUCCUGCUUUCAAACAUGGUACAAACUGUUCAUCAGAUUGCGCAUGUGACCAGACUAACACAGUUUCGUGUGAUCGUAUGACGGGCGCAUGCACGUGUAAUGCUGGAUGGACUGGCAACACGUGUACCACAGAUGUAAAUGAGUGCACAAGCACGCCAGUACAACAUAAUUGUUCUUUAACUACGUCUACCUGUCAAAACAUUGACGGUUCAUUCAUCUGUGACUGUAACACUGGUUACUAUACAACUGACGGAUAUGUUUGUCAAGCAUGUCCUGCUUUCAAGCACGGUACAAACUGUUCAUCAGAUUGUGCAUGUGACCAGACUAACACAGUUUCUUGUGAUCGCAUGACGGGCGCAUGCACGUGUAAUGCUGGAUGGAAUGGCACAACGUGUACCACAGAUGUAAAUGAGUGCACAAGCACGACAGUACAACAUAAUUGUUCAUCAACUUCGUCCACCUGUCAAAAUACGGACGGUUCAUUCAUAUGCGACUGUAAGAAUGGUUACUUUACAAGUGACGGAUAUGUUUGUCAAGAAUGCCCUGCGUUUGAGUACGGCUCAAACUGUUCAUCUAACUGUCUGUGUGUUGUUGCGAACACCGACACUUGUGACAGAGUGACUGGUGCGUGUACGUGUAAAACUGGAUGGAAUGAUACCAAUUGUGAUAACAACAUCAAUGAAUGCUUAGACGCUUCCCUAAACAACUGUACGACACUUCAGAGGUGUGUCGACACUAACGGAUCAUACGAUUGUCAAUGCUUGCAUGGAACAUUAAGCUCAGGAACUUGCUUGGAACCGACGACCACACCUGCACCAAGUCCUGUUGUAGCCACAUUUGUGAUAGUAUUUACACUGAAUUACACCAUAGAAGCGAGCGUUGACCUAACAAACCCAGGAAACCAAUCAUACAUCGACUUCGUCCAAAAUGUUACAGUUUCUUUGACUGCCUUAUAUGGGAACAUUAACGGCUUCCGUUCAGUUGUUGUUAUUUCUGUUGCACGAGGCAGCGCCGUCAUAGGACAAAGGAUUUCCACAGAUAACACCGGUGCAGCUACGGCUGGUGUGGCCAAUACAGUUGUCAAUGUUGCUAACGGAAAUACCCCGGUCCAAAUGCCCAACGCACAGGCUACGGCCUCCCGGGUUACCAUUGCAAAGACUGGGGAACCUACAACCAUAUUAACGCCGAAUAAUGACAGAUGUGCUUUGGUUAGAAGUAUUGGAAAUUGUCCCGAAAGUCUUUUCGAAUGUCUUAUUAUUGACGGCAGCGCACAGUGUGUGCCCACUGAUAAUACAGGAGGUUUCAAUCUGAUCGUGGGUCUAGGAGUCGGAAUACCUCUGUUUUUCCUAGCUUUAGUGGUGAUCGUGAUCAUGUGUAUCUACUGUAGGAAGUACAGGGGAAAUAAACAGGAGCUAGAACUUGACAGGACAAGGGAGGAAGCUGGUUUUAUGGGAAGCGGGGUGAUCCCCAAGUUCGGUAGCUGGGGCCGCCCGGCGUACUACUCGCCAGCAGGUUGGGGCGACGGAGAAUCGGUCGAAUCUGAGGACACCGACGACAGCCGAAGGAGACGUCGACGAGGCGAACAGUUCGACACUAAUGGCAAAGACUACUACAUGUACGAUAAUGGUGCCAUGUCUAACUUCUCCUGGGAUUUCAUGUACAAUUACGUCGACCCCAAAGAGCAGUACAAGAUCAAAAGGCCGACGACAACACCAAGGGCCAACCCAGUUUUCGACAACAAAUAAAAGAAAGGAAGGAUAUACUGACAAUUAUGUUCCUCCUUUACUGUGUGUGAUUAAUGAUCCAAGCCUUCGUUAUCCUGUCGAAUGUUUUCAACAGAGACAUCAGAACAUUUAUUCCUUGAAAACGACAUAAUGAAAAGGGAAAAAUACAGGGCGAAGAGCUUCAUCACAGGAACCAAUAGAAAUAUUUACGGAUGUUGAAUCCUAACGUUAACAUUAACCAUAAUGAUAAACUGACAGUAGUUUUAGUGAGAAACAUAAUGCAAUCAAGUAUACUCUUACAAGAAAAGUGCAUAAUGACAUUAGUUAGAGCCUGUUUUUUUAAAACGAAGAAAACUGCUCAAGUUCAUAUUUGUGUUCAUGGAUGGAACGCGUUAAUCGCCUGCUGUACAGUUGUCACUUAAAAUGUCAUUGUGUAGUAUAAAUCUCCAUGAGAUUUCUAUAGGUUAAUGUAAGGUCUCCGCAUGAUUCCCCAUGUCAGUGUGUGCCAAUACGAAUCGUGCAAUACUCCGAGUUUUAACUUAGAUAAAACAAUAUCAAUUAUCAAACGCAUUCAGAAAUUCUUAGAUUGAAAAAACAAACACUUAAUCAAAAUCAUCGGUAGACUAGAUGGAUAGGACAUGAUGUCAUUCCUUAUCUACCGAUAAAGGCUCCAUGGACAAUCAGCAUUUCACAAAUAAUCCAUAUUAAUCCACUAGGUAGAUAUGUCUAUGGUUGUUACUACAGAGGGUAGAUAAUAGGCAAGGGUGAUUUGACAAACAACUAAUGUAUAUAUGUUAUGUAGUGCUUUAUCUUACAACACAUAAUCAAAACAUUAUACAGAUCUCGGUAGUAUGUAAAGAAUAGUGCUGGUCUGUCUGUUAUAGACUAUAUAAUGGUACACAAUGUAUACCUUUAAUUAAAUAAUGAUAAGGUACUGUAAGAAAACUUCCAGCUGCAAUAUCACCAUAUCAUUUAUAAAGUAAAUAUAAACUAUGAACCAUGCCCAAAUCUGUAUUUCCAUGAGAUUGUUAUUCAACAUAUAUGGGACGGAUUGUGAAAGUCAUAAUUUAUAAGCUGUACAAAACACAGAUUUUUAAAUAGUUUUUAUGUUUUAUAAUAUUUUAGAGAAUUAUAUUGUAUACAUAUUAAUCAAAUGAUAUGAUGAUACUGUUGAUCGAAACACAAAUUAAGAUGUUUUGUAAGAUGAAUGGUUGUGUAUUUUUGUGUUCAUUGAAUAUAGACAGUGUAUACAUAAAACAUAAAUGGUGUAUGGAUGUAUUGUAAUAGAGAUGUUCCCCUGCAUGGUGCUUAUAUAUCGCAGUCAUUGUAUAAAGGCUAUAAAUCUGAAAUAUUUCAAAUCAUUUUCUAUCUCAUUGAAUUUAUCAGUUAUUUGGAGACUUCAUUGCAUAGGUAGCUUUUUUUCAAUCCUAUCUAACAAUAUGGCUGUGAUCCAUUUGUUUUCUUCGGUUUUUGUUUUGGUUCUUAAAAUCAAUCAAAUCUUACAUAUGAAAUUUGCAUUAAAAUGUAUUUUUAUCAUUCUAUUCCCAUUGAUGGUUAUCUGUCCACUAUUUCCAUAAAACCUGUAUACUUUGGUGACGGAACUAAUGAUUGUUUUUGUUUUUUUAAAUAAAAAAAAUAUAUAUUUUAUUAAUUGCCAUGUCAGAAUUAUAUCUUAUAUAUGUGAUGUUAUAACAAUUACAUUGGUACUGGUUCCAUGUGGGUGCAUGGUUCUGAUACUAUUGAUUAAAUGUUGAUUAGCAAGAUUUUUUUUAUUAUUAUCAUCAUUAUCAUAUUUUUUAAUCACAGACCGAACAAUCAAAAUUAUUCUUCUGAUAUUCAUAAAUGUAUAGCUACCAGUUUUGGUGGGGUUUUUCUUUUUAGUUUUCAGUUUUCUCCUUAAAUCAUUUGAAAAAAGUCUUCCUUGCCCUAGACAGGUCACUGACCAUUCACAUAUCACAAUAUUAAGGUGUCAAUGACGAUUCUUUUCAAGAGAAGUGAAAAAAGGUAAAAUCCUUCAAAAAAGCAUUCCUUUUCAUGAAAGAUGAAGAAGCGGAGAGGAAUAUUCUUGUAUCUAACCACUCAGUGUGAAGUAGGAGGAUAUGUAUUGAUGUGUUUUCCUUAUCAUAUACAUUUGUGAUAUACGUUUUUGUACAUUUGCUCCUUAAUGUAUAUUCUUGUGGUGAGUUACCGUUGAAAUAAAGGUGGGAGUUUUAUGACAUGAGUAUCUAAUCAGUGUUGGAACAAAUGUAUCAAUCAAUAGAAAUAUGUGAUAUACUAGUAUGUACAAUGUUAAAAUGUAUGAUGUUCUCCCGACUUUUUUUUUUUAGUUUUGUUAUUUCUUGCAGAUUUUGAGAACUAUGUAAAAUGAUAUCCGUUUUGUACUUAAUUAUUAUAUA